UUCGCCGACAUCGGCGCCGCUGAUCACCGCCGUAUCACCUCCCUUGGAUUUAUAGUUUCAUCUCUACGCCAGGGGACGGCAUUUUCAUUUCCUCCGUACUAUCCUGCCGACAAUUGUCACCUGAAUCCUCCAAACGGCGACAAGAUGAACGUGUUCAGGGGUUGGGCUUGUGCUAUAAAGAGAUCAAGAUGUAGCAUUCCUCAAUAUUAUUCAAAAAUAGAAAAGGAUCAAAAUGGGGUUCUAUAUGCUGGAGGAUACCCUUUGGAAAAAAUCACGUCUAAGUCAUCAAGUCCUUUAACAGGAUCUGCGUUGGGGCGUAAUGUUACAUCUCGACGGUAUGUGCAUAGUGCGCAAAAUGAUUCAGACCUGAGUCGAGAUUUCUUUGUACGACUCUGGGUUGCUGAUAAAAAGAAGCCAAAAUCUCAUGUAAAAGGAAGGCAUAAAGUUCUUAGAUCCAGGGGCAGCAGUGAACAAUUUGUUGAUGGACGAACUCUGUAUGGAAUUAUUGAAAGAUCUUUUUCAGGUGCAUCAGUUGUAAAUGAGAAGUAUGGGAAAAUUAAGUCAAAUCUGAAACAACCACCUACUAGUCAAUCUGUCACUGGUACACUGGAACCAAUGUCCUUGGAAGAGGUGAAGUUACCUGUGGCUCUCAGUUAUUCAUCCAAGGUUGCCCCCCUUCUUGCAAGAUCUAAUCUGCUUAUAACCAGGGAUAUAGAAUGGGCCAACUUGGUUCUUGGUUUUGAGCAGGAAAAUCGGUAUGCGAUAGUUGAUGCCUGCUACCCACAAGCACCUGUAGGCUUUAUUCGGGAGCAGAGUAAUCUGAUUGCAAGACAGUUGCUUCGGCUAAGACGCCCGUUUAUAGCAUCCAUAACUGAUGGAUUAGGUAACGAACUCUUUCGGGUUCGGAGGCCCUUUUGGUGGAUCACCAGUUCAAUCUAUGCAGAGAUAAAUGGACAAGAAGUUGGUGUUGUUCACAGAAGAUGGCAUCUCUGGAAAAGAAUUUAUGAUUUGUACUUGGGGAAUACACAAUUUGCAGUGGUAGAAAACCCUGGCUUCUGGAACUGGACUUUCACAUUGAAGGACAUCGAUGGAAACGUGUUGGCUGAAAUAGAUCGUGACUGGAGGGGUUUUGGAUUUGAGCUUUUUACUGAUGCUGGUCAGUAUGUGAUUCGAUUCGGGAGUGCCGACUCAGUUGUUGGGCCUGCUCCAGGGGUACAAGAGUUGAAUGUAACCCGUUCGUUAACUCUGUCCGAGAGGGCAGUAGCUGUUGCACUUGCUGUUUCACUUGAUAAUGACUACUUCUCCAGACACGGGGGCUGGGGAUUUCCCAUCAUGGUGGUUGAUGAUUGAGACUGGCCAACAAGAGUGUUUUCUGACUGUUGAGAAUCUUUAGACUAAUUUCGCAGAAGCUCGAGUAUUUGUCUCUUUCGGAUCGAACGAAAGAAAUAAAGAAAAAAAAGAGUGUAACUAUCAAUUAGUGCAGAAUCUUGACCGGAUGUUUUGCUUGCAUUUUAUUUGCUGCCUACAAUCAUAGAGCCCCGAAAUUGUUUAAAAUUGUAAGCUUGGAAUUAUGAGGGGUAAUCGUUUUGAAUGCUAUGAGAUUUGGUAACUCUAUUGUAAUGGGCCUUUCUGUAGUUUCUUGAGGCUGAUAUUGGCCUAUUGGAUGAAUGGUGAGAAAAUAAUGGUCCUGAUGUGAAUUGUGAUAGAGAAUCUGUUGCAGGCCUUUGUGAUUGAUUAAAAUCAAAAUAAUCAACACUGUAUAUCUCAAUAAUACCUUUUUGUUAGUAGGUUUCUGAAAAUUUUAAGAAGAAAA